AUGGAAGCAUCCAUCGACCAACAGGCAGAGGAGGAUGAAAUGAUCUGCCUCAACUACGUUAGGGUUCUCAAACAGGAAAUAGUUGAGUAUACUUUCAUGAUUUAUGGCUCGAACGCCAUUCUCAUGCUUCUCAGAAUCUCGAGCAAUUGUCUAAAGUGUGUUUUUGGUCCAAGCAAUAAUAUACAGGCCUUGUUGGGCUUAAAGAGCUGUGAUGCUGAGAAGGGUCAUCGGGAUUUGCCACGGAAUAAUGUGUUAUAUGGUUAUCGCAUUGACGGUCCUCCAGACUGGCAUCAAGGCCAUCGUUUUGAUUAUAAAAAUAUUUUGAUCGAUCCAUACUCAAAGUUGAUCGAAGGACGCCGAGUAUUCGGUUAUGCCAACUACAAGAUGUCUAAGUUUUUCGGAACAUAUGAUUUUGAUUGCUCACCUUUUGACUGGGGACCCAAUUAUAAGCUUCCAAACAUACACGAGAAGGAUCUUGUAAUAUAUGAAAUGAAUGUGCGCGCCUUCACAGCUGAUGAAUCCAGUGGGCUGGAUCCAAAUAUACGUGGCAGCUACCAGGAAGGGAGAUGUGCAAAUCAAGGCAGCAAAUGGGUCAUGCUGGACCGUGCAAGCAGUAACAUACCCAAAGCAGAAACUUUGUCGUUCCACUCAGAUGAACACCCUGUUUUUUGUGUUCAGCACAUAAUGAUACCACAUCUUGUGGAGCUUGGUGUCAAUGCAGUUGAACUGUUGCCUGUGUUUGAGUUUGAUGAAAUGGAGUUUCAAAGGCAGCCAAGUCCAAGAUAUCACAUGAUCAAUACGUGGGGUUAUUCAACUAUAAAUUUCUUUGCACCUAUGAGUCGAUAUGCAAGCAACGGUGGAGGAUCAAGUAAUGCUUCACGGGAAUUCAAAUCGAUGGUUAAGGCAUUGCAUGGUGUAGGAAUUGAGGUCAUUUUAAAUGUUGUUUACAACCACACAAACGAGACCAAUGAUAAAAAUCCAUAUACUACAUUUCGUGGCAUAGAUCACAAGGUUUAUUACAUGUUAGACUUAAAUGGUCAGUUGCUGAACUACUCUGGUUGUGGGAAUACAUUGAAUUGUAACCAUCCCGUUGUCAUGGAACUUGAUCUCAACAGCUUGAGGCACCGACAAAAUUAUCCUUACUCUUUUAAUCUUUUGAUGGCUGAAUUGUCUUUUGAUGGCUGA